AACGUCGUCGUUUCAAAAGCUGCUGUGAAAUUUGUUUUCCCUUGACCAUCUAUUGAGAAAACCCUAAACCAAGAAACCCUAAACCCUGCAAAAUCUGGUGGGCAGUCUCUUCGCUUACAACUAAAUAAAAAAAUAUGUUGAGAAGAAAUAUACGAUUGAGGAGAGAGUAUUUGUACAGGAAGAGCUUGGAAGGCAAAGAGCGUUUGCUUUAUGAGAAGAAACGCAAGAUCAAAGAAGCCCUUGAUGAAGGAAAACCCAUUCCGACUGAGCUCCGCAAUGAGGAGGCCGCGCUUCGCCAAGAAAUUGACCUUGAAGAUAAUUACACCGCCGUUCCCAAAUCUCAUAUCGAUGAUGAGUAUGCAAAUGCAACCGUACGAGACCCUAAGAUUUUGCUGACAACAUCUCGGGAUCCAAGUGCUCCUCUUGUACAGUUUGUUAAGGAAUUGAAGUUCGUCUUUCCCAAUGCGGAGCGAAUGAAUCGUGGUGGUCAGGUUAUAUCUGAAAUUAUUGAAAGUUGCCGGGCACAUGAAUUUACUGAUGUUAUUUUGGUUCAUGAACAUCGGGGUAUACCAGACGGUUUGAUCAUAAGUCAUCUACCUUUCGGUCCCACUGCAUACUUUGGUUUACUCAAUGUGGUUACAAGACAUGACAUUAAGGACAAGAAAGCCAUGGGAACAAUGCCUGAAGCUUACCCACAUUUGAUUCUUGACAAUUUUAAAACCAAGCUCGGUGAAAGGACAGCAAACAUUCUAAAACAUUUAUUCCCAGUGCCAAAGCCUGAUACAAAGCGUAUCGUGACUUUUGCUAAUCGGUCUGACUAUAUUUCAUUCAGACAUCACAUCUACGAGAAACCUGGAGGUCCGAAAUCAGUCGAGUUAAAGGAAAUUGGUCCGAGGUUUGAAUUGCGGCUUUAUCAGGUAAAAUUAGGAACAAUGGAGCAGAGUGAAGCUCAGGUCGAAUGGGUUAUCAGACCUUACAUGAACACGACCAAGAAACGAAACUUCAUCGGAAACGACCAAGAAUCAGAUGAUAAAAGAAAGAAAAUUAAAGCUUAAGCUUUGUACCCUGAAAUUCAGUCUCAGGUUUUUGCAAAGAGAGGCACUAGGCAAUAUGAUGAGACCAAACAGUUGCUGACAUUGGAAGACAAAAUAAUUAAGGUAUUUGCCAAACUCUUAUGGCACAAUUAGAGACCAUUGAUUUUGUCUUGAUGAAAUGUUAAAUAAAAUUGCAGGUGGACAUAAACAGUCAAAGAAGAUGGGAUGAUAGCAUUUUGACAAAGGAGGAGGCAGAUGCAAUGGCUUUAAGCAAGAAAGAAGCUGCAAU